AGAGAAAGAGCGUGGGGUUUCGAGUUUGAGGAAGGCUACGAGGCGAGUCCGAAGUCUGCCGUACCUGCGCUGGUAGUCGAGAGAAUGCAAAUGUGAGAGUGCAAUCGACUACCUAGUAGAAAUUAAAAUUUAGCAUAUUAGAAUAAAAAAUUCGGAAAGUUACCAGAAACAGAAAAUAAUGAAAUCUUCACUGGUUUUCCUCCUAUGCUUCCUCGCUGUUUGCGUGUGGUCAGCGAAAGAUAUGAUGAGGAAAAGCAUCGUAUUCGACAAAAAUACCCCGGAUGUUUUCUAUUGCCCAAUCCACAAGCCAACGGGAUUCGAUAAGAUGAUCGUCAAGGCCAGGCCUUUGAAGAAAUUAUGCGAAUUCGAAGGUAAAGAGAUUCCAGAAGAUUACAAGAGCGAUUGUUACCAAGAUGUCGAUGAAAGCGACUACGCUUGCAAAGAGAAAUACAGGAUAAUGAUGCGCAUGCACCCUCCAGGUUCGGAAAUACCCUAUGAAGACAAAAAAAUGGCCCGAUUCGUUAAUGUCGACAGGGAAUUUUACAUUAUGAAAAUGGACAAUAAAUUGAAAAACAUGCGAGUAAAGAAACGUCUACGAAGCAGACUGAUUACGAAAAAUACUAAACAUUAACGACAAAAACUUUAUUUGAAAAUUCUCACUAAACAGAAAUAACUAUUUUUAAUCCCAAAGUGUUUUGUAUUUAUAAUAAAGAACUUAUUUACUUUAACGCUUUUUAAAAGGGAAAUCAAAAUGGAUACCAGGUUAAAUGAGACAAUUUUACAAGUAUAAAAUAUAUAUUUAGGUACCUACUAUAGCAAUAUUUAAAUGCACUUGUAAAGUUACUAAUAUAGCCUCACUGGUAAU